AUGCAAUUCAGCAUAGUCGGCCUUCUUACCUUCUUCGCGCUCAUUGGCAGCGUAUUAUCAAUUCCUAUUGCAGAGCGGGAAUCAUCGUUAACGAAGUUGGAAGCCCGGGCGAUAUCCGUGCACCCCACGUUCACGGGGGGUUUAACAGAUAUCGAGAUACCAGCGAUCACGGCAGCUGACCGGGCAAGUGCUAAAGCCCUGAAGAAGAAGCAGAACGCGAUCACGAGCAAAACUGCUUCCCAAAAGGCAAUGGUAGCACGCCAGCAGCAGGCUCUUGCAAGAGUCGCCGCCCUACUCAACGCCGCGGCGACAACACUGCAGCUAAGCGGGACCUUGAACGUCGAUAUCACCAAUUUUUUCCAUGUGUCAAAAUCCGACAAAGAGAACCAUGCUACAUUCGGAUUCAACGCACCAAUUUGUGCUCUCAGGUGCGCCGGCCAUGCGUACAACCCCACUUCAGAAGACGGUCAACUUGGCAGGAUAUUUAAUGAGGCCGGCGACUCCAUUUUCGGGGGUCAGCCUCAGAAGCCCUGA